AUGGCGGUGACACCUGCGGAAAUCCUGAUACCUGACAUUUCCCUGGCUCACAAAGGCAAAGAAACAUUGAUAUAUGAUAUCAAACAGGUUCAGAAAGUCGAACAAUCCCAAUGCAAUGUCCGACAACAACUCCUGGAUGGCCUUAUGGAUCCGAUAUCCCCUUCUAUUCCAUCCAUCCUUCUCUGGGACGACAUCGGCCUAAAGCUUUUUGAGACACUCACUCUCAAUCCUCGAUAUGCACCAUUUCAUUCGGAGUUAGGCAUUCUAAAUCAACGGGUGGAAGAGAUGGUAGACAUAAUUCCCUCGGGUAGUCUCCUUAUUGAACUGGGUUGCGGGAGUCUACACAAAACCAGUAUCAUCCUAUCUGCGUUCGAGCGCCAGAAACGAUACGUUACUUACUAUGCUCUGGAUGUCUCCCGUCGCGAACUGGUCGAAGGCUUAGGCAAGCUAAGGGCCCUCUUCGGGCAGUCAAAGUAUGUGAAGCUGCGAGGUCUCCUGGGAUCUUACGAGGAUGGAAUCGGUUGGUUGUCGCAGUAUGUGACGACUGGCAAUGGUCAUGAUGAGGGCGAUGACGGUGCUGGUCCAAAGAUGGUCACGUUUCUUUGGGUUGGGAACAGUAUCGCCAACUUUGCUCCCGACGACGCAGCAGUGCUUUUGCAGGGGUUUUCGGUGAUGUGCGAAAGCCUAAAUCUCUCGUGCCAAUUCCUUGUUGGGGUGCAUACUUGCCAGGAUGAGGCAAAGGUCCUAGCUAGCUAUGAUUCUACGGAACCUGCGCUGUGUGAUUUUAUCUUCCAUGGAUUGGAUCAAGCCAAUCAACAUCUGCAAGAGGAGGUAUUUCGCAGGGGAGAUUGGAUAUGUCGUUGCGAGUUCGAUUCAACAGAUCAUAUGCUUCGCGUUUACUACGAAGCUGCACGAGAGGUGCGAAUCGAGCUUGGCGGCGAUCAUGAGCGGGUCUUCAACUGUGGAGACCGAAUCCUAGCCAUUGUCAGUGGUAAAUGGACUGUUGAAGAUAUCCAGCAGAUGUGUGGUGGAGUGGGACUGGAGGUUUCUCGCAGUUGGAGGUCUGUUGACUAUGAAUGUGAAUUUCAUGCUAUUCGACCUCAAUGA